AUGGCUAACCUGACCACGGAUAACCUGACCACGGAUAACCUGACCACGGCUAAUCUGACCAGGGCUAACCUAACCACGGCUAACCUGACUAGGGCUAACCUAACCACGGCUAAACUGACCAGGGAUAACCUAACCAGGGCUAACCUGACCACGGAUAACCUGACCACGGCUAACCUGACCACGGAUAACCUGACCACGGAUAACCUGACCACGGCUAAUCUGACCAGGGCUAACCUAACCACGGAUAACCUGACCACGGCUAACCUGACCACGGAUAACCUAACCAGGGCUAACCUAACCACGGCUAACCUGACCACGGAUAACCUAACCAGGGAUAACCUAACCACGGAUAACCUAACCAGGGAUAACCUAACCACAGAUAACCUAACCAGGGCUAACCUGACCACGGAUAACCUAACCAGGGCUAACCUGACCACGGAUAACCUAACCAGGGAUAACCUAACCACGGAUAACCUAACCAGGGCUAACCUGACCACGGCUAACCUAACCAGGGCUAACCUGACCACGGAUAACCUAACCAGGGAUAACCUAACCACGGAUAACCUAACCAGGGUCUAG